CACACAUAAGCUAGCCAGUUUUCUGGAAUCUUGGCUGAUGGGAGGAUGCCUCGAAAACUUAGCCCUACAAAAUCGAGACAGCUGAAGCAAGAUACGUUAGACGGCUUCUUGUCUAGUUCUCCCGGUCGUAUGUCACCCAGUAGCCCAGUGCGCGAAUCAAGGACUUUCAGUCGUGGAAUCCGUCGAAAACGCGCUCUUAGUCCAAAUCCUCGCGCUACCAAUGUCUCCAGCGACAAUAGCGACGUGGGCGACAUCCGCUUUGAGCCUGAUGUCGUUGAAUCAGACGACAAGGAGGAGGCUUCCCCUCGACGACCCAGGACGAAGAAGCGCAAGACACGACUUGCUGGCUCUGGGAGCAGCGAAGAACAGAAGACAACCGCUCUAGACUCAGACAAUGAAGAGGUUGUAGGGAUUCCUGUGACUUGGAAGAGUCGGAAGGAGAAGGGCAAGGGUAAACGCAUCAUAACCAUCGAUGAUUCGGAGGAAGAAGAGGUGGAGCAACCACGUCGGCGCAAGCUUGUGAGAGGGAUACGUCCACCCACUCCGGAGGAGGACGAGGCAGACUUGCUUGACGAGGUCGACGAACACAGAAUUAUUGAACCUCGCUUGCGCACCCGAAAUAAGAAGUCUGCGUUCCAGAGGAAUCUCGAAAAGCUGAAAAAAAAGAAACGCGGAGAAGUCGUCGAGUCUAGCUCCUCCCAGUCGGAGGACGAAGCUGAUGAAGACGAGCCCGUACCCUUCUCUCACGCAAAACCAGAUCACAAAGAUAGAUCGAGCUCGUCUGAAGACGAUGGCGUCAACGCGGGCGGAGAGGACGAGACCUUCAUUGUUGAGGAUGACAACGCUGAUGCACCUGAAUUGCCUGUUGCCUUCAGUAUGAAUACUCACCAAGACCUCAUUCACCAUUUCAAGAUAAUCUGCCAGCUGUUCGUGCAUCUCGCUGUUCACCCUGUGAACAAUCGUUUUUCUGUGAUGGAGCAGUUACUUGAGAAAGAAUAUUUCUCUGUUCCUCUUGCCAUCACUCGGCGAAAAAUCACAGGCAUGAGAGAUUCUCUUGUCACAUCUUCCGUCUGGAGAAGCGCUUUCAAGAAGUCUCUAGAGACAUAUCCAGAAUUUGAGACGGUUGAACUCGACUUUGCUAUCCCUACCUGCGAUGCAUGUCAUCUGGGUGGACGAAUGUCUACGCUUUUAGGUCGGCUGAGCGGCUCCCCGUACGAUAAUUUCACUUAUGAAUCCCUGCAAGACUCUGAUACGGAGGACAGCGAAGGCGAAGACUCGGAAACGAAGUCGAAGAAAGAAUUCCACCUUGGCCGCUUUUGUGCGGCCAGAACACGCUGCUUUCACAAGUUCACCCACUGGGAGUAUGCACUUUUUGAGAGCCUGCAACGAGAGAUCGACGAGCUGAAGAUUUCGGGGGGCACGCGAGGCUUUGUGCGGGUAGCGUUUGCAGGAGGCGUUCAGCCUCCGAAUGACCUCUCAGAUGCAGAUGGCAUAAUGGAUUGGCUGGAUCAGCGAGGGAUUAUCAACAUGGAGUGGCAAAGACUCAAGGAGAUGAUGGCGAGCGCAAGGAAUCUGGAGAUGCGAUCCAAGAAAGGAGAGGAUGACGAGAACUAGUUCGGUACAUGUCGCAAUACUCUGUAACAAGAAUUUUUUCUUCUU